AUUUUUUUAUGUAUCGUGACUAUUAUGGCUAACAACGGAAGGAAAAGAAAAUCUUAUAUAGAUUCUUUACCCGACAGGGUUUUCCAUGGAUUCACAUUUCGACAAGGAAGACCUCUAAAAGAUGGUGCUCGACGUUUAAUUUGUUCGCAUGCCGAAUCACAUGCUUGCGAUGCCUUAGGUACCUUAUCUGCCACUGAUGACUUCAGUUAUGUACCGAAAAAGGAAAAGCAUACUCAUGAACGAGAUCCCGAUGCAGAAAUUAAAGCUCGGUUUACUCGAGAUUUGUAUAUCGCAACUAAACAUCAAUUCCGAACUCUUCAAAUAAUAUAUGAUGAAAUAGCAUUGCUUCAUGAAGAAGGUGCCGCUCUACUGAGUUUUAACGACAUUAACAGGAAAAUGCAGGCAUGGUUAGAGAACAGGGUGUUACCAGAAGUCACAUCAAUUGGUGACAUUAAAUUACAAUUAAAUGACCCUCUGUUUAAAAAUAUCAAUCUGCACAAUGCCGGAAAGACGGAGAUUGAAUUCGUACAAGAUGAGGAAGGUCAGGAUACUGCUAUGAUUCUUGUAGAUGCGAAUCUUUUAUCGCAACUGGAGACCACGACUUUAUUUAUACAGUCAACAGAUCAUAAAUUCGAAGGUGUCGAUAAUCUUCAAUUAACAUCAAUCUCAACAAAGCAUAUGGAUCAUAUUUUACCCUUAGUAUGGAUUAUUUUAUCGGAUAAAAAUGAAAAAAUUUGUGAAAGUAUACUUCGCAAGAUUUUAACUUUACAACCUACCUUGUCACCUACAGCAAUUUAUAGUGAGUUUGACAGUGAUUAUUGGAGAGCUGUCAAAGCAGUAUUUCCAAAUGUAAUCAUCAAAGGAAUGUUUUUGAGUCAUUGUAAGCAAAUA